AAUUGUUGUGAUAAACUUAUUAAAUAGAGUCUUUGUUAAUUGAAAAUGAGUGAAAAUGUUGAGAAUUCCCCUCCAGUCGCUGGCGGAGACAACGAAGCAGAGAAAGUUUCAAAGAAAGCUCUGAAGAAAGCUGCCAAGAAAGAAGAGAAAAGUGCCAAGAAAGCGGACAAGAAGGCAGUCAAUAGUGAGGGUGGGGCAGCAGGUGGUGAGUCAUCAAAUACUGGUGCUGAUGGGGGUCAAGGAGUGGACAUAUCAGAAGGCAAAUACGGAGUGUACGAGUUAAUGCAGAGCAAGACUAAAAUGCAACGGGACCUAGUGCCAAUAGCGAAGUUGAAUGAAACUAUGGCUGAUGAGAGUGUGUUUGUGAGGGGCAGAAUACACACUACGAGGUCAAAGGGCAAGCAGUGUUUCCUUGUGCUCAGACAGAGAGCAUACACUGUGCAGGCCUUAGCAUUCGUGGACAGCAAUACCAGUCUCCAACUUGUCAAGUUCGUGGGUUCAGUGUCCCGGGAGUCGAUUGUGGACGUGGAAGCGAAAGUUGUCAAGGUGUCCCAACUUAUCACAGGGUGCACGCAGAAAACAGUCGAAUUACAUGUCACUUCAGUGUUCGUGGUCAGCCAGUCUGAGCCGAACUUGCCACUGCAGAUUGAAGAUGCUAUGAGGCGAUCAGCAGACGAGCACGGAGGAGAUCAACAACAGGAAGAAGAGAGUGGCAAAGAGGGAGGACAACAGUUGGCAAGGGUGAAACAAGACACUAAACUAGAUAACAGAGUAAUCGAUCUGAGGACGCCCAUCAACCAAGCGAUCUUCAGAGUCGAGGCUGGAGUCUGUAGACUGUUUCGAGACCACUUGACUUCUAAAGGCUUCACAGAAAUACACACUCCAAAAAUCAUCUCAGCCGCAAGCGAGGGAGGAGCUAAUGUGUUCACUGUAUCUUACUUCAAAAACAGCGCCUAUCUUGCCCAAUCACCGCAGCUGUACAAACAAAUGUGCAUAGCGGCUGACUUUGAGAGGGUUUUCACAGUGGGACCCGUGUUCAGAGCGGAGAAUUCAAACACACAUCGACACUUGACGGAGUUUGUUGGAUUGGACUUGGAAUUGGCGUUUAAUUAUCACUAUCAUGAGGUAGUUGACGUCAUUGGCGAUAUGUUUAUACACAUGUUCCGAGGACUACACGAACAGUAUAAAGAGGAAAUUGAGUUCAUAGCUCAGCAGUAUCCCUGCGAGCCAUUCAAGUUUCUGGAGCCCAGUUUGGUGCUGGAGUACAAAGAGGGAAUUGAGAUGUUGAAAGAGGCUGGCUGUGAGAUCGGAGAUUACGAUGAUCUCUCCACUCCAGAUGAGAAACUACUGGGCAGACUGGUCAAGCACAAGUACGACACCGACUUCUUCAUCCUCGACAAGUACCCUCUCGAAGUGCGACCAUUCUACACGAUGCCAGAUCCGAACAGUCCCAAAUACAGCAACUCAUACGACAUGUUCAUGCGAGGGGAGGAGAUCGUGUCAGGUGCACAGAGGAUACACGACCCAGAACUCCUAACCGAGAGAGCGAAAUUCCACGAGAUAGAUUUGACUAAAAUCAAGGCUUAUAUUGACUCGUUCAGGUAUGGAUGUCCCCCUCACGGUGGAGGUGGGGUUGGGAUGGAGAGAGUGGUGAUGCUGUUCCUAGGAGUGCCCAACAUCAGACUAGUGUCCAUGUUCCCCCGAGACCCCAGCAGACUCACGCCAUAAUUGAACUGAAAUCGAGAAGACUUGAUUGACGAGAAGCAAAAUUUCAUGUAAAAGAAAGGGUGCAUUUUUGGCAAUACUUCAGAGCAAUUAAUGAUUUCAACUGUCACUCUCUCUUUUUAAGCGUCAAUGAACGAAGUGACGACACUUAUAUAGGUUGUGUUGAUUUUUCCCACUAAACAAGAAAAGGACUACAAAAAAAGCCUGCUUUCAAAAUUUUUUUCUUCUAGGUUGAGAUUGAUUGGUUCUGUGAACAUGAAUUGCCUCCAGUUGCCUCUUGAAAAAUCUGCUUUUUAGGUGGUGAAUCCGUUUUUAAUAAUAUUGUUAUUUCAAAUAUGACUUGACAUCAAAUUUAGUGAAGGGUCCAAAGUCUCUUGAUUUUAAAGAAUACCUUUUUUGUAUCUCAACUUAUAUAAAUGGUUGAAUAAUAUGUUUUAAAGGCACACUCUAAUCUGUGGAUUUAUCAUGUGACUUAAAAAUUAUCUCACGUAUUUUUUUCGACAAAUUCUGAAAAAUUUGCGAUUUUUUUGAUGCUGUUUUUACAAGGAUAGCUAUUAUAGCAAUUUGCUUAGUAAUGGAGUGCUCACAAAGCAGUCUCUGUUCUCUUAAAGCUUCAGCUUUUAAAGCUUCAGUUAUAAAUAUUAUUAUGGAAAAUAGUUGAUUUGUUGAACGCAUUGGUUAAUCAAAAUAUGGAUCUGUUUAAACUUCGAUGUAAUGCUUUAAAGAGUUGAGUGACUAUUCUGUUUAUAAAUUAAAUGUUAACGACCUUGAAUUAUUUAAUGAAGUUGAUUAAAACUUGUAAUAUAACGGCGGUGAAUUGUGGAGGAAGAUUUUGACCUGAAUGUGCCUCGAAGAAUAUUUCUUACUGCAUUUCUUUUUGAGCUGUCUUGAAGUAUUUUCGACUUUG